AUUGCGCAUGCGCGCGGCUCACGCAGGAGGGCGCCCGCGGCCUGACGGGGAGAGGAUCGGUCGGCGUCCGUUGGGGCAGCGGGGGCGCGGAUCAUGCUGUCCUUCCUGGCCAGGGUCGCCGCCGGGCCUCUCCGCUCGCUGGGCCGCUCGCCCUUGUGCUCGCUGGCGCCGCGGUGGCGGGUGGCGGCCGUCCCCGUGCCGCUGUGCAGUGGGGAGGCCGCCCCCACCCGGGCCCUGCUGGCCGGCCCGCCGCCGCCUGGGCUGCUGCAGCUGUGCGCGGGGCUGAAGACUAAAACGUCGAUAAAAAGGCGCUGCAAGGACUGCUACAUCGUUCGCCGCCGGGGCCGGCUGUACGUCUGCUGCAAGACCAACCCCCGGCACAAGCAACGAAAGCUGUAGCCCCGUGUAUGCGGUGCUUGUGAGUGACUGGGAGCAUAUCCCAAGAGAGAAGAAAGCAAUAAACGUGGUGCUUGUGUGCAAGGCCUUGAAUUGUAUGUACGUCCGUGUCACUGGGAUCGCUCCCUCUUCCCUGGUUGCCCAUUGACUUGUAGUAGGUGACUGCUGGGGACCCAAAUCAGACAAUGUUGGAUCUUGGCUCUAAAAGCAAAGUAGCCGAAGUUUGUAGCAGUCGCUGCUUUGACCCUGCUUCAAACCGUGGAUGCUGAGAAAUAACAUGGAAAGACACAGCACUGGACCUCUUACUUUCUUGGCCUCAAAGUCUCUCUUACUGUCAGCUUACUUUUAAGUUAGUAAGAGUGAAGUGAAAUCCUCUGACUCAGAGAUAUAUUUGUGUUUAAUACCAAGCGAAAUGAAAAUAAAUAUGGUCAAUAGUGCCUUAUUACAGCAUACUAUAAAUCUUCCAUUAAAAAACCUUGAUGUCGAAAACUGGUCACGGAACCAACAGUAUAAAAUGUAGUUGGGCUCUAUAGUGGAAAAAAAUGUAUUACAUUGAAAGAUGAUGUUCCAAUUUUUGAUUCACAUGAGGGCUGCUCCUCCUGCUUCAUUAUGUUGGCCCACAACGUCAGAGGUGGAUGUUGGUAUGGCAGUAGAGAUAGGAACCUUUCCACCAAUAUUCCACUAUGUUAUAUUGCCAUGCAACAGAUGACAGCAGAGGGGCAGUCUGACAAAAUGGGGUCUGAUGUGGAAGUAUGGAUGAAGUAAAGGUGUGUCACUGAAUUCUUCCAUGUGGAAAAAGUGCCAUCCAUUGACAUCAGUCAGUGCUUGUUCCACAUUGCUGAAGACCAAACAGUGUGAGCACAGUGGGAUUGUGGGUGGUGCGUUUCAGCAGUGAUGACAGCAACAGUGGGUCACCUCAGCUUGUACAGCUUUUUACAAGCAUGGCUUGCAGGCUCUUGUUCAUUGCUGGUGAAAAUGCAUUGCUAAUGGUGGUGAUUAUGUUGAAAAAGUGUUUUCAUGCCUUUCACUUCACUGCUGCCACUACUGAAACUCUGCUGAAACCUUUACUUCAUGCAUAUUUCUACGCUGUACACAAUUUUGUCAUACUGUCCUUUGUCUGUGUCACAGCAUCAAAAUGUAAUGGGAUAUUUUUGGGAAGGUUCAGCCUCUACUGCCAUACCAUGCCAACAUCUACCUCUAACAUUGUGGUCCAGCAUAGUAAAAUAGGAGGCAUUACCUUUGUAGAUGCUCCUUCUUUCUAAAUGCUUGUGCAUUUAAAUGUAAGCAGAAGAAUUUUCUGGAAAAUGUUACUCCUGCUUUAAUGCACCUUACCUAUUAAGCAGUCUAACUGGAGACUUUAAAAGCCCUAUUUUUCCAAUUCGAGUUAACAAUACCCUUUUAUUUUAGGUGUCUGCUGUAUAUUUUCCUUUGGCAGAAAAGUCCUGUAUGUUGUAAACUCCUAUGAUAGCUGAUGAGUGUAGCUAUUAAGACACCUUUAAGGUAAACAGUGUAAAUAUGUUUAGAAAACCCAGUGAUUUUCUCAACCCUUUUUCUGGAUGAUCAUGGGGAAUGUGCAAGGACUGAGCCAUGGGUUGGAUGAGUUGCCUAUCUGAUGAAGUGAGAGUCUGUGGGUUUUUUGAGGGAAGGUAAUUGCCUCCCAAACAGUUUAUCCAGCUCCAUGAUUCUGUCAGAAAAAAAAGGCCAGUGCUCUGUUACAGGACAAAUUGUGCUGGGUUUCAGACUGUGUCCCACUUGCCAAGAGCAGCAUCAGAUGUUGAAGAGGGAGAUCUGCAAGUUUGAAUUGCCAGGGCUAGGAACAGUAAUCGAUCGCAAGUUUGAAUCACAGUGUAGUUGCAUGUGGAAUUCAGAGGCAGAUUUAUCAAGUUGGUAUCUGUUAAAUCCAGUCAAAAUUCCUCUCUGCAACAGGGAAUGAAAUUUACAGAUACAAUUACUGUACCGGAGAGAGGUGCACAAAAUACUCUGCUUACAUUUUCCCUUUUAUCCCAAAGCUUUAGCUCAGGUUUUUGUAGAAUACAGACUCAGCAGCCAAUUUCAACAAUUUAUAAUUAGGAAAAAAAUGUUUUGCAAUUAAAGCCAUAGAAUUUGCUGCUGGUCAGAAACUGAAAAUUUGAAGUAAUAUCAAUUGUUUGAUAUGGCUGCAGAUUAUUCUAUAUAUAUAUGGAUUAUAUAUAUGUAUGUGUCAUCAUCUGCGUGGUCAGUUUGUAAUACCUGGGGUGGAGGGUUCAAAACAAUGGAGUAUUUGAUGACAUCAUUUAAACAGCUUAGUUGGUAGCACAUACAGAUUUGUGGAAAGAGGAUUAUAAACCAGAAGGCUUGGAAUUGUGAUUAUACUCUGCCAUUUACUUGCUGGAUAAUCUUGAAAAAGUGAUUUUGCCUUUGUCUGUUUUUCUAUCUGUUAAGUGAGAGUGCUGAAUCUCAUGCUUCUGAGUAGCUUUUCCUUGUUGAUGAUAUCCACAAAUGAUUACAGUGGUAGAAAAAAAUAUAAGAUUUUAUAGCUUUCUGUCA